AUGGCUACAGGAAUCGAUCUUCGGUUGCCACAGCCGCUUGAUGUUUCGAACAUCACAAAGGAAUGGCCGACAUGGAAGCAGGCAUUCGGGAACUAUUUGAGAGCAACGAACAAAACCAAGGAGAGUGAACCGAACAAAGUAGCCACGUUUCUCUGGCUGAUAGGCCCACGCGGGGUCGAAAUUUACAACACACUAUUCCCAGAAGAGGUGAAAAAUAAAAACCUCUUCGAUGACGAUGUGGCCGCACCAACACAUACACUUGCAAAAGUGAUCGGCGCCUUCGACGGAUAUUGCACGACCGAAAAGAACGUGGCAAUGCAGGCGUACAGCUUUAACUGCCUAACACAAAAGGACGGUCAGCGGUUUGCCGAAUUUGAGACCGAGCUGCGCACACAGGCAUCACAUUGCGAAUUUGUAUGCAGAAACUGCAAAACCCCAUAUACGGAUCGCAUGAUACGUGACCGUAUAGUGGUGGGUGUGCAGAGCAAGCCAUUGCAAGUAAAGUUGUUGGACGGAAGAGACGAGCCGCUAGCGAAGGUCAUCCAGACCUGUAGAAUCUUCGAAGCGGCCUGUGAGAACCAAGCGGUGUUAGACAAGCCUGUGCCAAUCAUCAAAGCUCAACCGGACGGGUUUGGCGAAAUUGCAGCUAUAACAAGGCGAAAAGAUUGUUUCAACUGCGGAAAGCCGUUCACAAAAGACCAUCGUCGCGAGUGCUCGGCAGUUGGUGCAAAAUGUUACGCUUGUGGUGGUGUGGGCCAUUUCAGCAAGCGGUGUCGCCGUAAGCCGGAGAAUCAGCGAACGCAGUCCGACCAGCAGGCGAAACAAAGAAAUGACUCCGGAAAUCGUGGUAUGGCAACUAAGUCUGUGUGCGCGGUUGAGUGGAGUGACGCAG